UCAACAUGGCGGCCAAUAUGGACGACGAACAGAGUUUGAAAGAAUGCGAAGCUUAUGUUCAAAGGCACAGUAUUCAGCAAGUUUUAAAGGAAUGCAUAGUUCAGCUAUGUAUCAACAGACCAGAAAAUCCACUGACUUUCCUGCGUGAACAUUUCGAGAAACUAGAAAGGGAGUCUGCGAGUAAACCCAAAUCUAAAUCAGCGUCUCCACCUCCUGAAGACAGAGAUGAAGAAGUUUCACCAACACCACCUGUAUCACAGGUUCGAGUUACGAGACGACGUCGUGGUGCUGUCAGUGCUGAGGUGUACACAGAAGAAGAUGCUGCCACGUAUGUCAAGAAAGUAGUUCCAAAAGAUUACAAAACUAUGGCUGCUCUUUCCAAAGCAAUUUCCAAGAAUGUGUUGUUUUCUCACCUGGAUGAUAAUGAACGCAGCGACAUUUUUGAUGCCAUGUUUCCUGUUAACCACAUUGGAGGUGAAAAAGUAAUCCAACAAG